UUUGAUCUGUGAUCGCUUGACUCCAAAAAGUAAACAGACUUGUUUUGAGCUGUCAAAAAAUCUAGAGGCCUCACAAAUGAUUUCAUGUAAGGACCGUCGUCACAUGGACAUCUAAAUGAAAAUGGUGGAAAUUAACAGAAGAUAACGCAAUGAAGCCCGAGUACAAGUUUCUUUCUAUGGCUGAAGACAGAGACUUAAGUCCAAUUGGAGGACGCCCCAGGUCCUCCAGUCGCAAGGGCCGACAGACGUUCUGGAGCUCGUCCCAUUUCUGCAGCCUGCUAGACGGCCUGGUGGGGCUCAGACAGUCCGGGCUGCUGUUUGAUGUGGUGCUCCAGGUGGAGGGGCGACCCAUACAGGCUCACCGCAUACUGCUGGCAGCCUCUUGUGACUACUUCAGGGGGAUGUUUGCUGGAGGGCUUCGCGAGACGCAACAAAGUGAGAUCCCAAUUCAUGGUGUAACAUACAUAGCCAUGAAGAAAAUACUUGAUUACAUCUACACUUCAGAGAUUGAGUUAGACCUGGAAUGUGUUCAGGAAGUUCUGGUUGCUGCCACGUUGUUACAGCUCGAGAUUGUCAUUGGCUUCUGCUGUGACUUUCUCUACUCAUGGCUGGAUGAGACCAACAUUUUAGAGGUCCACCAUCUCGCUGAUAUUUACGGGCUGGAACAACUCAAAUCCCGAGUCCACUCCUACAUCCUCAAGAACAUUCAUAGCCUGUCCCGGGCGGAUGUGUACAGACAGCUGCCCCAGGAGGAGGUGUACAGAGCCCUCAACAGUAAUGAGCUCCAGGUGAACAGCGAGAAUGAGGUGUACGAGGCAGCACUACACUUUCACUUCAGCCCCGAGCAGGUGGAGACUGAUCAGGUCUACCUCCAGGUCAGUCAACAGGACAACCUGAAAAUGCUGGAGACCGUGCGCUUCUGUCUGAUUGAGAAGCAUAUUUUGGAGAGAUUGCACAGCAGACUCAGCCCGUGUCCUCUGAGGGAUCUGGUUUCUGAAGCUCUUAAAUAUCAUGAACUGGAAAUCCUGCAGCCUGUCCUCCAAAGUCCCCUGACACAGCCACGCUCCACUCUGCAUUGUAUCCUAGGAUUCGGAGGAAUGUUCUGCUCCAUCCCAUACAUCGACCCAGAGCCUCUGUUUCAGGUGUAUCACCCGAGCUGGGGCGAGUGGAGGACGCUGAAUGCAGCGCCUGGUCCACAAAUGUCCAACCAGGGCAUUGCGGUGCUCAACAAUUUUGUGUAUCUCAUUGGAGGAGACAAGAAUACCAGGAGGUUUAGGGCUGAGACUCGCUGUUGGAGGUAUGAUCCUCGCCAUAAUCGCUGGUGCACUAUCCAGCCUUUACAGCGUCAGCAUGCGGACCACUGUGUGUGUGUGACGGGUGGUCACAUUUAUGCCAUUGGAGGCCGGGAUUAUAGCAACGAACUAGACACGGUGGAGCGCUAUGAUCCACGCACUAACAGAUGGGAAUAUGUAUCACCUCUAAAGCGAGAGGUCUACGCACAUGCUGGGGCUACUGUUGAUGGAAGAAUAUACAUCACUUGUGGUCGAAGAGGGAAUAUUUACCUCAAAGAGACCUACUGCUAUGACCCUGUAGUGAAUGCUUGGACAGAGUGCGCUCAGGGGCCAGUGGAGCGGGCCUGGCAUGGCAUGGCCUCAGUCAAUGGACGAGUUUAUGUUAUCGGGGGAAGUAAUGAUGAACAUGGGUAUCGCCGAGAUGUUGUCAAGGUGGGAUGCUUCAACCCAGCCACUAACUCUUGGUCUGUGGUGAGCCCGCUUCCCGCUGGUCAUGGAGAGCCUGGUGUGGCGGUCCUGGACAGUCGCAUUUACAUCCUGGGGGGGCGCUCUCAUGACAGGGGUGACAGAAUGAAAUAUGUGCAUGUGUAUAAUAGUGAGGCAGAUGAAUGGGACACAGACACUGAGUUUACAGAGUGCGUUUCUGGGCUGGCCGCCUGUGUUGUCCUCAUGCCCCCUGCUGUUAUCGCUCAGUCCAAGAGCUGGGAGGGCAGCAAAGCAUCAUGGGAUGAUGUCAUAGAAAACUCAGAGGACUCCAGUGAGGACUAAACUGAGUCUUAACACUACAGACUGUCAUGCACUUUUAUUCAGCCUUAUGGAGUUGUAUGAUAUUUUGUGGUACUAACCCAAGGUUGAAAUGUUCUACCACUUGGCUAAUAUAUUUUAACAUUUUGCAAGCUCAAGUCACACCUAAAUCAUAUCUGCUUCACUGCACAGAUAUAAACUCAUAUAAUAGGUAUACAUUUGAUCCAAGCUCUGACAUUUCGUGAUUAAAAAGUGCUUUAUUUGAGUGACAGAGACAAAAACGUACACAUUUUAAAUAUAAUAUAUUUAGCAUUGUUUCCUUGCAUGUUACUUUGAGUGCCUCUGAGCAAUUAAAAAAUUCCUGAAAAAGACUUUUAUUAAUUUAUUCUUUCAUUAUUUAUUUGUAUAAAGAAAAAAAAUAAUAAUAAUUUGUUAAAAUAUGCAAUUGGCAAUAUCACUACAUUUUAUUGACAUAAAGCUGCAUUAGGAUACAUGUUUCUCAUCUUAUGUUAUUAGGUUCUUUUUUCAGACCAACAGUUUGUUUUCAUACCUGACAGUUUUGACUGCUCACUAGCGGUCUUCUUCAGAGUGGUCACGUGAUGUUGCUGUCACAUGUCCGGUCAGCUGAUUUAUACAGAUUUUGGGGCUGUCUUCCUCCUGGUGGAGGCAGGAUGACUUCCUUCCUGACUUCGACAGUAUCCCAGGUGUGUGAGAGUAAAAAAGCCCCCUUGUCCUAGUUUAUAGUCCCUUGGGCACCUUUCUGUAUUUCAAUUGCCUCUUUAAUCCAGCAACGGUGUUUGUUUUCCUCUGUCCCAAUGAUGUUUGCUCCAUCCCAGUCCAUAAUGUGGUUCUCUCUAUUACAAUGGUCAGAAAUUUGAGUUCUUCCUAUUCUGCUUUGUGUUUUGUUGCUUGUUUGCACGCCUUCGCUCUUUCCUUCUUGCAUUCUCUACUAUGUUACUUUUUUCGUGUACUCAACGCCCUCCCUGUUUCCCUGAUGUAUGUUUUAUUGCAGGACAUGCAGGGUAUUUCGUAUAUGACAUUACAUUUAUGCUCUGGUUCUAUGUUGUCUUUUGGGUGGACGAGUAAUUCCCUGAUUUUUCUGUACUGUUUCACUGGUGUGUUGAUAUUAUGUUUUCUUAUUGCCCUUUUUUACUCUCACACAUCUGUGAUACUGUCCUGAGAAAGUCAGACGGCAGAUGGCGCUGUCUUCCUGCCUCCACCGGUAGGAAGCCAGCGUCAAAACCUUUAUAAAUCAACUGACCGGACACAUCACAGCAAUAUCAGUGGCCACUCUAAGGAAAAGCGCUAGUGAGCAGUCAAAACUGUCAGGUAUGAAAACAAACUUUGAAAAAAGACCAUAAUAGCAUAAAAUAUCAGAAGACCAAAUUGAGCCUCUUUGGACUAUGUUUCUCAGCAUUGUACUGUUGUCAAUUAAAUUUUGAAUAUCACUGGGGGUUCUUGCUUAUGUAGGUGACGGUGCAAUAAUGUAAUGAGAAAAUGGACACGAUAUUAUGUUCAACCUCAUCACAAAAACACUAUCUUUUUUGAUUUUGUGCCUAUAGUCCUGUGCCUACAGAAUUAUACUUUUUAUUGUCAAAUGUUAAGGACAUCUAACAAGUCACCAUGUUUGUCUAUUGUUUUUAGUUAUAACAUGUAACAUUAUAAUAAUGUUUUCAAACAUUUAUAUUAUUAUUUUAUAUGUUUAGUUAAAGAAAUUAAGUUUUGUUUGGUGUCCGAAUCAUGUGUAGAAUACUAUCCAUUAUACACUGUAAUUAAACAAUGAUUUCACCGUGUUUUA